UCAUUAAUUUAUAAUGGAAGACAUCGAAAAACUUGAAGAGCAAUUUAGUACUCUCGCUGAAUCAAUCUUGAGAUCUAGUAAAAGAUCUUAUCAAAGACAAAGAGAUCCUGAACUGACCCUUGAGUCUGAGGAUACAUUUUCAUCAAAGGAAGAAGCCACUGGAGAAACUCAAAAAUUAGUUGACUUCUCCUCUAAUCUGUUAAGCAAGUGCAAGCAGCUCACUGAAGAAAGAGAGGAAGGAUAUGGAGGAAAUUUUGAUAUGUUCCUUGAACUUGAGAAUCAGAAUGACCAGCUUAAGCAAAAACUUGAAACUGUCGAAGGAAUUUUAGCUCGUCGAGAAAAAGAAAUUGAGCAGAUGUCUCAAGAGAACCAAGACCUUGAGUACAUCAAUAGAGGAAAUGAAAGAAGAAUGCAAACCAUGGAAGCUGAACACAAAUCAAAAAUACAAGAACUUCAGGAUGAAAAUUCUAACUCUGACGAAGACCUUGAGAAUACAAGUCAUAGCUACAGCUUAAUAAAAACCAAAGAUACUGCUAUUCCAAGGAGAAGUAAACAAUUCAACACUCAGAGUUAUAAGCCAGUGCUUACCAAUACUGAAGAGACUAAAAGGCUAACUAAGGUUGUGAUGGACCUUUUCAAACUCACUCAUCAUGUUGUUGACCAAUUCCAAAAUCAAAAGGAGCAAUUUGAAGGGCAAGAAACUGUGAUUCAAAGAAUUGAUGAUGAAAUUGAAAAGAUUCUGAGCAAGCAGAAAGAACUAAUCAAUGCUCAAGUUGAUCUGAGCACUGGAGUCAAUGACAUGAGCGAUGAACUAGAGGAGCAUUGGAAGUUGAUAGAACAAAUCACAGCAGAGAACAAAACUCUUGAUGAAAGAAUGUACAAGAUGACAGAAAAGACCAUACCUUCCCUGAAAACAUUUUUACUGAAUAAAUCAACUAUGCUGAUGAACUCUUUGAAGCAGUCUUCAACAGCCGUGGGAAGUUCUCAUCCAAGGUCAUCAAUCGUGCUAGAAAAUCAGCUGAACCAAAUCAAUGUUUCCAGCCUUGAUCAGCAUUUGCCUGUGAUGAAUUCUGUCACAUCGAAUGAUAUCGCAGAGUCAUAUUCUUCAAGCACUUCAAUAGAGGGACCUCGAGAGGAAAUGCUCAAGCAAGACUCGGUCUAUAUGAGAGUAGAAGAAAGCGUUCAGUCCUCAGGCUUACUUGGAAAUAGAGCUAGAGAACUUGAAGAGGAUCCUGAGAUCCAAAAGCCAUCCGUUUUGGAUGAAAUUGAUGAUGUAUCGUCUAACUCUUCUGUCCAAUCAGAUCUUGAGAGUCAGCCAAGACAAACAAUUUCAACCAAUGGGGUUGAAAAUGAGAAAGAGUCAAGCAACAAUGAUUCUGAGCCAGAAGAGUUUGAUGUUGAUAAGCAGAGAGAGAUUAGAAAAGCGACACAGAGUUUGACAAGCCCAAAAACCUUUGUACAGAAUAAGUCUGAGGCCAUGAUCCCUCAGAGCGAAUUACUGAAGAGAAGCUCAAAUGUAGAGACCAAGAUGAAGAAAAGUUCUCUUGAAACAAUCCUCGAGAAAACCCGAGAGACUAAAGAUAGCAGAUUAAUGAAAUCUUCAAUCAUGAUCGACGAUAUAGCGCAGAACAGAAAUUUAAGAGCCUCUACACUUGGAAUCAGGAGGAACAGUGUGAUGCCAAAAAUGAUCUCCAGAUUGACUGAUAGUGACAAAGAGUUUACGAAAGUUAAGACUUCUAAGAACUGGAAGAUUCAGGGAGACAAGCUGUACACUCAAAUGGUUAAUUCCUACAAUCACCAACUCAGGCAGAAAUAUAUCUGUGAUUUAGCAGCGAUGAAAGUACUUUCAGACAGAAAAAUCCCUGGAUACGACAUUUCGACUCUCCAAAAGGCACAGGUUGAAUCAAGCAGUAAAGGUCCAACUUUGGGAAGUAUUCAUUAUGAAGAAGGAAAGCUCGAAUCGAAGGACUCAAAUUAUCAUUUUGGCAAUCUUCAGAGCAUGACUCGUGUGAAUACUGGUAGAAAAGAAUCUGAAAUCCAGACUUCUCUCAAAGAUCGAGACAAUAGCUACCACAGGAUCAUUGAUGACGAGACACAUAUCCCAGAGCAGAAAUCUUCUUCACUCAAAAAGAAGAUCAAGGAAGUCCAAUUUGGAGCUAGCAAAUCAAGAGAUGGCAGUCACAACAUUACCAAUAACUCAAGAUCAGAUAAAUGCUGCACCAUAUUUUAACCUAAGAG